AUGAAAAAGAUGAAGAGCCCUCAAGAUAUCUACGCCUACGCUCAGAAUCGUCAAACCAUUGAGAAACCGGAGAAAAAUGAGAACCAUGAUGGCAGCUGGAUGCCCACGCACUCUUUGGACAUCCUCUCCAAGACCCUCACACCUACGAUCUUUAAAAACGUCAAUUUUUUUGGUGAUUGGUCGAUAGUUGAGAAUUUGAGGCUCUUCUUGGCACUAGGGAAUCCAUUCACUUUCAAUGCCGUGAAGAUCGGAACGUUUUGGGCUUUUCUCGCUCCGAAGGGAAACACCGGCACCCAAAGUGACAAGGAAUUUUCUAACAACGUUGAAAAGCCAUGCUUGGUUGAUGUGACAAAGUUUGACCCAAAUGCGAACGACUACACGAUGCGGAGCGUUAUGAUUGGCGGUUUUGUCUUUUUAAAUACCAGCGAAUAUGACACCGUUCGCGAUGAGAAAACCAUCUACGAUGUGAAAGGGAUCGAGAUAAGAGAUGGAAAAAUGACGGACAAGAGGCUUGACUACAUCAUGAAAAGGAUGCGUGGAGACUACAUCAAGAAACACAAAGGGAGUGGCCUAAUUUGGAUUUUCUACAAAAAGGCAACGAAAAAUUGCAAAGCUAUUAUCCUGGAUGUGAUCAUAUUGGACGAGCAUGGGAAGCACGUUGAUAAAUUGCAAACAAAGUUUUACAUACCCGAAGAGAAAGUGAAAACCAACGCCGAAGUGAGAAUCAAAGUCAACAAAAAGGGCGAAUGCGAAAUCGAAGAAGUGCCCGAUUUCAAUGACAGACAACAUAUUCACUAUUUCUAUCAAACGGUGAAGAAGCCACAAAAUGACGCGAGUGAGCCCGGUGAGAAGUUUGAAACGAAGAUCAUAGAAAAGAGCGAAAUAAAAAAGAUGAAGAGCCCUGAAGAAAUCUACGCUCUCAAUGGUCAAACCAUUGAGAAACCGGAGAAAAAUGAGAACCAUGAUGGCAGCUGGAUGCCCACGCACUCUUUGGACAUCCUCUCCAAGACCCUCACACGUACGAUCUUUGAAAACGUCCAUUUUUUUGGUGAUUGGUCGAUAUAUGAGAACUUGAGGUUCUUCUUGACACAAAAGAGAAUAUUCAUUUUCUAUGCCGUGAAGAUCGGAACGUUUUGGGCUCUUCUCGCUCCGAAGGGAAACACCGGCACCCAAAGUGACAAGGAAUUUUCUAACAACGUUGAAAAGCCAUGCUUGGUUGAUGUGACAAAGUUUGACCCAAAUGCGAACGACUACACGAUGCGGAGCGUUGUGAUUGGCGGUUUUGUCUUUUUAAAUACCAGCGAAUAUGACGAAUGCGAUGGGAAAACCAUCUACGAUGUGAAAAGGGUUGAGAUACAAGCAGGAGAAAAAAAGGACAAGAUGCGUCAAUACUACAUCAAGAAACACAAAGGGAGUGGCCUGAUUUGGUUUUUCUACAGAAAGGCAACGAAAAAGUGCAAAGCUACGAUCAGGGAUGUGGUCAUCUUGGACGAGCAUGGGAUGCACGCCGAUGAAUCGAAAACAUCAAAGUUUUGCAUGUCCGAAAAGGAACUGAUAGAGGCGAUAAAGGAUAUUGAAAAAGCUGAUCUUCAGAUAGAAGAUAUCUUGAAGAAGCUCAGUGAUUACCAGGUGAAAACCAACGCCGAAAUCAAAAUUCAAGUCAACGAAAAGGGCGAAUGCGAAAUCGAAGAAAUUGCGGAUUUUGAUGGCAUCGAAAUCUAUGAGCCCCAUGUGUCAAGGAUGCGUGAGGAUUAUAGUGAUUUAAAGUGCUUCGACUUUUACUCCACUCUAUCAUCCACUCUAUGCCACUUUUCUUCAAGAUCU